AUGAAGUGCACAUCAUGUUCUCUUGAUAAAUUAUCUCGAGAGUUUCCGUCUGAUAUUAUAAGUCAAAAAUGUACUCACGUAUCAACUUAUUGUUUAAAGACAAUUAUUGCUCUAAGAGAAACAUUGAGAAAACAAACGGGAGUCGAAGUAUCAAAACAAAAAUUGAUUUAUAAGGGAACAGAAUUGAAUAAUUAUAAUACAGGACGAGUUCAAUGCAGCCUGAACGAAUACGGAAUAGUAGCCGAAAGCCAUAUUCAACUUAUAGUUCUUCUUUACUCUAUCUCUAAAGAAUUAUCAAUUCAAAAUUUAACUUUCGAACUAUAUUGGGGAUAUCCAAUGAACGGAUGUGAUUAUCUUGAUGGCACGUGUAUGCUUUAUACAGGAAACAAGUUUUGGAGAAAAUAUGAUUAUCAAUCCACUACUUAUUUUGAUAUUCCGAAUAUGUCGCAUUCCGGAGAUCUUAUGGAUCACGUAAAUCGAAGAGGUCAUCACCGUAUUUUAGCUAAUUUAUCUAAUCUACCAACGGAUGUUACAAAACUUUAUUUUAUUCUAUCUUCAUGGAAUUCUCCGAAUAUUGGACAUUUUCCAAAUCCUAGUUUUAGGAUGUAUGAUAGUUCAACACCUAAUAUAAAUUUAUGUACCUAUACAAUUCAACAAGCUGCAUCAUCACAAGCUGUUAUAAUGUGUUGUGUUGGUAAAAAUAAUCUUGAUGGUUCUUGGGCAGUUUAUGAGGUAGGUCAAUUAUCAGCGGGCAAUGCUAAAAAUUAUGUUCCUAUUGAGUAUACAAUUGGAACUUUGGAUUCAUUUUUCAUAACUAGUUAA